CUGUAUCCACAAUCCAGUCAGUCGGUGAGCUGUCAUUCCUGCAGCUCGUUCUUUUUUUAACUUUUUACAUAUUUUUUUUAACCUUUAUUUCAUACUAAUUGUGUAUUUUUUCUAAAGGAGUGUUUUAUGGCUCUAUUUUAAUCUUUAAUGUGAGAUAAAUACGGAUCACGGUGUAUCUGAUUCCUGCUCAAAUAUAUAGGUAGGAAUUGAAGCAACCACCUGUUGUGUAGCAGACUUGAAGAGAUUCUCCUCAAUGAAUGAUAUCGUAAUUUAAUUGUGUAAUUGUGUUCACCGUCGUGGUCUAAUUGUGAGACAACUCCUAGAAUUAAAUUCAAGGUGGAAUCAAUCAGUGGGAUUGUGAUUGAACAUUGGAUCGUCAAACAAGAAUCACCCUCUGCCUGCGUGUCAGUCUGUUCUGCUCAACUUCUUUUAUCAGUACAAGACCGGUAUCAAAGCCAGAAUUGCCUUAGAGUAGAAUAGAGAAUAAAUUUUGUUCACCAGACCAGGCUAGUCAGAUACAUAGCUGUACUACUACAAUUUCCAAACCACGUUGUGUCCACUUUGAAGUUUAAUUUGUACGAGAGUCAAAGAAACUAAUAAUUUGUGAAAUAUCAUCAUGGUGGAGCUCAAAACGGGAGAAAAUCUCGCGUCGGAUCUGACAAAAAGGAUCCUGAUUAUCGAUGGAGCAAUGGGUACAAUGAUUCAAAGAGAAAAAUUAGAAGAAGAAGAUUUCAGAGGAGAACGCUUCAAAGAUCACUCGAAAUCCUUGAAAGGAAAUAAUGAUUUGCUCUGUAUUACUCAGCCAAGAAUAAUAAUUGACAUUCAUAAGAAAUACUUGGAAGCUGGUGCAGAUAUAUUGGAGACCAAUACGUUCUCGGGGACAAGGAUUGCUCAGUUGGAUUAUGCCACUCAGGACAUUGCGUAUGAACUUAAUCUCGAAGCAGCGAAAUUGGCCAAGCAAGCUGUCAAGGAAUAUCUGGAAGAAAAUAAAGGAGAAUCAGGAAAAUACGUAGCUGGAGCUUUAGGACCCACGAAUAGAACGCUAUCCAUUUCUCCAUCGGUUGAGAAGCCAGAGUAUAGAAAUAUAACUUUUGAUGAACUAAAAGAUGCGUACAAGGAACAAGCUAAAGGUCUCUUGGAUGGGCUCGUUGAUAUUCUACUCGUCGAAACCAUUUUCGACACGGCCAAUUCAAAAGCUGCUCUUUUUGCCAUACAGGAGCUGUUUGAGGAGGAAGGAUAUUCUCCCGUGCCGAUUAUGAUUUCUGGAACUAUUGUAGACAAAAGUGGAAGAACGCUAUCAGGGCAAACUCCUGAAGCGUUUGUGAUAAGCGUGACGCACUCCAACCCCAUGGCAAUUGGGCUAAAUUGUGCCCUUGGAGCGUCAGAAAUGAGACCAUUUAUAAAAAGGCUUGGCGAUAUGACGGACAAAUUUGUAAUUUGCUACCCAAAUGCUGGUCUUCCCAAUACCUUCGGCGAGUAUGAUGAAACGCCAGAAAAUAUGGCUGAAACUUUAAAGGGAUUUGCUGAGGACGGAAUAUUCAACAUUGUUGGUGGUUGUUGUGGAACUACUCCUGCUCACAUUCGAGCCAUCGCUAACGCCGUGAAGAACAUUAGUCCUCGUGAAUCGGGUCAUAAGAGGUUCAGUGACGACAUGAUGCUCUCAGGACUAGAACCAAUGAGAAUUGGGUUAAACACAAACUUUGUAAAUAUUGGUGAACGAUGCAAUGUCGCUGGGUCCAGGAUGUUUUGUCGACUCAUAAAGGACGGGAAAUAUGAUGAAGCCCUUAGUGUUGCAAAGAAGCAGGUUGAAAACGGAGCCCAAGUUUUGGAUAUUAAUAUGGAUGAAGGAAUGUUGGAUGGCGUAUUUGCGAUGGGUAAAUUUGUCAAUUUGAUAUCCUCAGAGCCAGAGAUUUCAAAGGUUCCAUUAUGUAUUGACUCGUCAAAUUUCAACGUAAUUUUGGCCGGAUUAAAAUGCACUCAAGGAAAGUGCAUUGUUAACUCGAUUUCCUUGAAGGAAGGUGAAGUUGACUUUGUAGCAAAAGCAAAGGUUGUAAAGAGAUUUGGGGCAGCAGUUGUGGUCAUGGCCUUUGAUGAACAAGGGCAAGCAACUGAAGUGGACAGAAAGUUGGAGAUUUGUGAACGAUCUUUUCGAAUUUUGGUGGAUAAAGUAGGAUUCAAUCCCAACGAUGUCAUCUUUGAUCCAAACAUUCUCACGUUAGGGACUGGCAUGGAGGAGCACAAUGAGUAUGGAAAAAACUUUAUCGAAGCGUGUACUGCAAUCAAGAAAAGAUGUCCAGGAUGCAGAAUUAGCGGCGGAGUUUCCAAUAUUUCGUUUUCCUUUAGAGGAAAUGACCUUGUUCGUGAAGCCAUGCACUCAGUAUUUUUGUACCAUGCAAUUAAGGCGGGUAUGGAUAUGGGAAUCGUGAACGCAGGAAUGCUUCCAUUAUAUGACGACAUUGACAAAAAAUUGUUGCAGCUCUCUGAAGAUAUUCUAUGGAAUAAGGAUCCUGAAGCAACUGAAAAAUUGCUAGAAUAUGCUCAAUCAAAUGCGAAAACAGCUAAAAAGGAAGAAAAGGAGGCAGAGUGGCGAACAUUAAAUGUAAAAGAGCGUUUGGCACAUGCGCUCGUUAAGGGAAUUGAUCAGUAUAUUAUUGAGGACACAGAAGAAUGUCGUCCCUUGUAUGGCCACCCUCUGAACGUUAUUGAAGGACCAUUAAUGGACGGUAUGGGACAAGUCGGAGAUUUGUUUGGUUCCGGAAAAAUGUUUUUACCUCAAGUGAUAAAAUCAGCACGAGUGAUGAAGAAAGCAGUGGCAUACCUGAUUCCAUUUAUCGAGGAAGCAAAUAAAUCGCAGUCGCAGGAGGCCCACAAUCACGGAACAGUUGUCCUUGCCACGGUCAAAGGGGAUGUGCAUGAUAUUGGGAAAAAUAUUGUUGGGGUUGUAUUAGGAUGCAAUAAUUACAGAGUAAUUGAUUUGGGAGUAAUGUGUCCGUGUGACAAGAUUUUAGAGGUAGCCAUCAAGGAAAAGGCUGACAUUGUUGGAUUAUCGGGCCUUAUUACACCAUCGCUCGACGAAAUGAUUUAUGUGGCAAAAGAAAUGGAACGCCUCCAUUUCCAAGUUCCGUUAUUAAUUGGAGGAGCCACAACGUCCAAGCAACAUACUGCAGUGAAAAUUGCUCCUCGAUAUAAAAAUCCAGUUGUGCAUGUGCUUGAUGCAUCGAAGAGUGUGUCUGUGUGUUCCGCCCUAUUGGAUAAAGUGAAUCGCGACACAUUCUUGGAAGAUAUCAAAGAUGAAUAUGAAGACAUUCGAGAAGACCAUUAUGAUAAUCUUAAAGAAAGGAAAUACUUGUCGAUUGAAAAAGCAAGGGAAAAGAAAUUGAAUAUCAAUUGGAAUGAUUAUCGUCCCACAACACCUUCUUUACUUGGAACUGCGGUCUAUAAAAAUUAUGAUCUAAAUAAACUGUUGGAUUACAUUGAUUGGAAGCCGUUCUUUGAUGUGUGGCAACUCAGAGGAAAAUACCCGCACAGGGGGUUUCCAAAGUUGUUUAACGAUCCUACAAUUGGUCAAGAAGCUAAACGAGUUUAUGACGAAGCUCAAAAGAUGCUUGGUGAAUUCAUUAAAACCAAGAGUUUAGCAGCACAUGGAAUUGUGGGAUUUUAUCCUGCAAAUAGUAAAGGAGACGAUAUUUUAAUCUACGCACCUGGUAGUGAAACCGGAUCUGAGCCGAUAGCAGUCUUUCACGGUCUUCGUCAACAAGCCGAGAAGGAAGUUAGUACCGAGCCGUAUUUAUGCUUGUCAGACUUUAUCGCCCCUGUGGAGUCAGGCAUUGCUGAUUACAUUGGAGUAUUCGCCGUGUCUGCUGGAUUUGGGUGUUCCGAAAUCGUUGGAAAGUUUGAGAAAAACUUGGACGAUUACAACUCCAUUAUGGCAAAAGCUAUUGCUGACAGGUUGGCAGAAGCGUUUGCUGAAGAAUUACAUCUCCGAGUUCGAACCGAGUUAUGGGGUUACAAUUCCAAAGAAGCCCUCGAAGCUGGAGAUUUACUAAGUAUAAAAUACGAAGGAAUACGCCCUGCUCCGGGUUAUCCCAGCCAGCCCGACCACACGGAGAAGAAGACCAUGUGGAAGUUGUUAAAUAUCGAAAAAGAUACAGGAAUAACGCUGACCGACUCGCUGGCGAUGGAACCAGCAGCUUCGGUGUGCGGUUUAUAUUUUAGCCAUCCUAAAAGCACUUAUUUUGCGGUUGGAAAAAUACAAAAGGACCAAAUUCAAGAUUACUCCACCCGAAAGGAAAUGGGAGUGCCAGAAAUAGAAAAGUGGCUCAACAUCCAACUGGCGUACGAUCGAGAUGAAGAGUAGUAUUAAGUUAACAACAAACGUUUUCAAUUCAUCCAUUAGUAUUUCAAUUUGCAACUGUUUUGUUAAAUAGUUUAAAGGUUAAUAUUGUGUUGUAUGCAUACAUACUCGGUGAUUUCAUGAUCUAUUUUGCCAAAUCGGAAAUAUAUAUCUUAUCUAACAA